AUGCGCUUCGUAACUCUUGUCUUUGCUGCCCUCGCCGCCGGCCCUCUGGCUGCCUUUGCCGCUCCUGCUCCAGCAGAAGACGCUGCACAGAGCUGCCCAGAUGGCGCCAAGAUUCACUGCGGAAGCUGCAACGGCACCAGCUGCCGAAUCGGAUUUGAAAACUAUGCACUAAGCAGAGUGGAGGUGGCGAUGGCGCCUCCUGCUGGGACGACAACCUCGGUGGUCCUAGACACAUUGUUUGCCCCGGAAAAGCUUGAGCUAGAUCUUUUUUAUGAUCUGAGGCAGAGGAGCCCCCCAGAGUUUCUAGGAGAUUGGUCUCGUGGUGGUACGGAGGGAACUGAGUGA